UUCUAACCAAAUUCUGUCUUUUUCAAAAAUUUAAAUUGAUCUGUUCAUUUCUUUUUGUGUUAGUCUUUUUUUUAUUCAAUGUAGAUUCAAAGGAGUUGACUUAAGCCUGUACAAAAAUCAGGCCAACAUGGAUACAAACAUUUGUGAUGAAAAGAAAAAACAAAACCAUAUGAUCAAUGGAAUUUGAGCUCAAAGUUUUGUUAUUUAUCAUUGUUGUAGCUGUGUUUACUUCUUUUGCAGAUGGUGAUGAAAAUGGAGGACAAAUUGAAGCUCUUCUCAAAUGGAAAAACAGCCUUGAAAACCCAUCAUCUGCAUCACUUUUUUCAUGGGAUAUUUCUUCAAACAGUUCAUUUUCACCUUGUGAAAAAUGGGUUGGGAUCAUCUGUGAUGAUGGAUUUGUUAACAUCAUCCAUAUCAACCUCACAAGCAUGGGAUUAAAAGGUAUGCUCCAAGGUUUGGAUUUCGUCUCUUUCCCUGAACUUGUUACUUUAGAUCUUAGUAACAAUUCCUUGUAUGGGGUUAUCCCGAAAUCCAUUGGGAUGUUAGCUAACUUGAAAAUACUUUAUGUUAAUGCUAAUCACUUUUCUGGCUCAAUCCCUUCCGCCAUUGGUAACUUGACCAAGCUCAAAGGGUUGCAUUUGUCACUUAAUCAUUUAUCAGGCAACAUUCCUAAAGAAAUAGGAUUGAUUGCAUCACUUGUUGAUCUUAAAUUGCCAAUGAACAACCUCAGUGGUUCGCUUCCAGCUGAAAUAACCAACCUUACAUCUAUGAAGAUAUUGCUAAUGGGAAAUAAUAGAUUAUCCGGUUACUUACCGGAUUCUAUAUGUAGUGGCGGUUUGCUCGAACGAUUGUCAGUGCAUACGAAUCGGUUUAUAGGUCCUGUUCCUAAAGAUUUGAAGAACUGCAGCAGACUUGUUCGAGUUCGUUUCGAAGAGAAUGAAUUGACAGGGAACAUAUCAGAAGAUUUUGGUGUAUACCCUAUGCUGAACUAUAUUGAUCUGAGUUACAAUAAGUUCUUCGGUGAGAUUUCGCCGAACUGGGGCUCGAAUCGGAAUCUGAAAAGCUUCAAGGUUUCACACAAUAAUAUUGCUGGUUCAAUACCUUCUGAGCUUGCUAAUGCAACCAAGUUAGAGAUUCUUGACUUAUCUUACAAUCAACUAGUGGGGAAGAUCCCAAACGAGCUUGGUGGUUUGAAAUUAUUGUUCAAUCUCGAGUUGAAUGACAAUCAACUUUCAGGCAAUGUUCCUACAGAGUUUAGAUUUUUGUCUGAAUUAGCACACCUUAACCUUGCAGUUAACAGGUUAAGUGGUUUGGUUCCAGAAGAAUUCGGACAAUGUUCGAAACUAUUGUACUUGAAUUUGAGCAAUAACAAGUUAACCGCAAUGGUUCCAUCCCAAAUUGGUCGUUUACAUUCUCUGCAGGAUCUUGAUCUGAGCCAUAACUUGCUUACAGGAGAAUUGACAUCAGAACUUGGAUAUUUGAGCAGCCUGGAGACCUUAAAUCUUUCCCACAAUCAGUUCUCUGGCUAUAUUCCAAACACUUUCGACACGAUGUCGAGUUUGACAGCUGUUGAUGUAUCAUAUAAUAUGUUGGCAGGCCCUCUCCCCAACAGCAAAGCCUUCAGAAAUGCACCAGCAAAAACAUUUGAACAUAACAAGGGAUUGUGCUGCAAUGCAAUGAUGAAAAAAUCCAAGAGGAAAUAUAGCAAAAUGGUUCUGGUUUCGAUUAUUGCCCCCAUUUUAAGUACAUUGAUCCUUCUGUCCGUCAUUUUAGGAACUUUUUUUACUCGCUCAAGCCGAGCAAGGUAUAUGGUUGAACCAGAAGGAGCAGGAGAAAGGGAGAAUUGUGUUACGAUAUGGGGUUUUGAUGGGAAAUUGAUGUAUGAAAGCCUCAUCCAAGCUACAGAGGAUUUCAACCCAAAAUAUUGCAUUGGAAGAGGUGGCUCUGGAAGUGUUUAUAAAGCUAUGCUUCCUACAGGACAAGUUUUUGCAGUGAAGAAACUUCAUGAAAUCUAUGAUGACGACGACGUGGCCAAUCUGAAAUCUUUCAGCAAUGAAAUCGAUGCAUUGACUGAAGUGAAGCAUAGAAACAUCGUGAAGCUUUGCGGUUUUUGCUCUCAUGCCAAGUACUCAUUUCUGGUUUAUGAGUAUUUGGAAGGAGGAAGCUUGGCAAAGAUGCUUGCAAGUGAAGAAAAAGCAAAGCAAUUGGACUGGAACAAGAGGAUUCAAGUUGUUAAAGGUGUGGCAAAUGCUUUAACAUAUAUGCAUCAUGAAUGUUUUCCUCCGGUAAUCCAUCGAGACAUUUCGAGCAGCAACAUUUUGUUGGAUUCAGAAUACGAAGCUCGGGUUUCGGAUUUUGGUACCGCUAGGAUUUUAAACCCCGAUUCAUCUAAGUUGAUUUCAUUUGCUGGCACCUUUGGAUAUUCUGCUCCAGAGCUAGCUUACGGAACAGAAGCAAAUGAAAAAUGUGAUGUUUAUAGCUACGGGGUGUUAGCAUUGGAAGUGAUAAUGGGAAAGCAUCCAGAAGAUCUUUUAUUGUCUCUAUCAUUACCGGAAUCGAUCAUCGGCCAUCGAUUUACAGUAAAAGACUUGUUGGAUCAUCGGCUUCCGCCUCCUGAAGACCCGGUAGGUGAGGAAGUUGUCUUCACGAUAAAGUUAGCAUUUUCCUGCCUGCAAACCAAGCCGCAAUCUCGACCAACCAUGCAACAAGUUUCUCAAAAGCUUUUAACUCGAAAACCAACCUUAUCGGAUCCAUUAGAAAUGAUAAAACUUGAAAAGUUACUCGUUGAUCAAAUUCUUUAAUGUGAAUUGUAUAAUUCGAGUUAUUCAAAUUAAAUAAUUUAGCUUCAACUUGAAUAAUUCAAAUAA